AUGAAAGUGAACAAUACACUCAAUCAACUUAAUCUUGGAUUCAACCAAAUAUCUGAUACAGUAGCCGAAGCACUGGCUGAAUCAUUGAAAGUGAACAACACUCUUACUCAGCCUAUACUUGCUCAGAACAAAACAUCUGAAAUAGAAGCGGAAGCACUGGCUGAAUCAUUAAAAGUGAACAACACUGUCAUGCAACACGAUGUUCGAUUCAAUCAUAUAUCUACUAUAGGAGCCGAAGCACUGGCUGAAUUAAUGAAAGCGAACAACACACUCAAUCCACUUAAUAUUGGAUUCAACCAAUUGUCUGAUGCAGGAGCCGAAGCACUGGCUGAAUCAAUCAAACGUCCAUCACAAUUCAUUAUGGCAAGUAAAAUCGUUCAAACACUGCUUGCUAAAAAGUUAAAAGAAGCACCCAAAUUUGAAGGAAAAUUUGAAGAAAAUGUGUUGAAAUGGUUGAAAAGUGUUGGAAAUGCAUUUAAACUGGCGACACUAGACGAUUCAACAAAGUUAGCACUGAUAGCAAAUUAUUUAGGUGGCGAAGCGUCUGAAUGGUAUCUCAGCAAUAUGGAUAAUUUGGACACAUGGAGCAAAUUUUGCAUCGAAAUAGCUAAAACAUAUUCAUCACCAGCAGCGAAACAAUUGGCAGCACGACAACUGCAAAGUCCCAGACAAGGGUUACAGGAAUCAGUGAUGCAUUAUUAUAAUGACAUUCUUCAGUUAUGUGAAACAAUGGACAGUCAAAUGACAGAUCAAUCCAAAUUAAUUUAUUUAUUACAAGGAUUAAAGUUAUCAUUACACAAAGAGGCAGCACGUCAAGAACCGAAAACACCACUGGAAUUUAUUCAAGUUGCACAAAAAAGAAGAACGUUUAGACCAGUCGUAUACACAAGCUAUGCAGU